UGGAGUCUUGUUACUAGGCUCGUCUGCUUAGUCAAAUUGUGGCCCAAGCUUUAAAUGUAUAAUACCUUAUUAUAAAUUAGUUAAUUAGUUAGGAACCACUUUAUAAUAGUCGUUUAAGUAUGGCUACAACAGCGAGAAAGCAGGACAUGCCUCCUCCUGGCGGGUUUCGACCAAUAAAUUAUGAAAGAAUCAAAGCUAGAACCUAUUUUUCAGGCCCUCAAAUGUUCCUUGGCUUUUUUGGAAUAACUGCUGCAGCUUCCUACCUUUAUAUCAAGGGAUACAAAAACCAGAUCCGGCAGCAGGUUGAAGUGCGAAGCUCACUAUUUGCUAUCCUACCUGUGAUGUUUGCAGAGCGAGAUAGAGCAUUCCUCAAGCAGCUCAAGGUCAACCGAGAUCUAGAAGCUGAUCUGAUGAAGAACGUUGAAGGUUGGGAAGUAGGUACGUACUACGGAGAGCCCAUCUACAAGACCAAGGACCCCGACUACCUCAUAGAGCCUCGCAUCCGAGAGUACUUCAUCCACAGCAGCUGGAAAGACGCUUCAAAACGUAUCGACAUCCGUCACGAGGGCUAGAUUUGAAGCCUGUAAACGUAGAAGUACAAACCAAGAAAAUUUAGAACUACUAAACAUAAUCUUGAGGGUUCUUGAAAUUAAGAAAACAAAUGUAAAUAGCCUUCCUUGAAUUAAAAAUGUUUACAAAAUU